CAGUGGUAAAUUGUCAGCACUCAGACCUGGGUAGAGGCAAGCAGGUGAAGCAAGAUGAAAUGAUCCUGGUAGGAGUGAGAGCAAAGGACACCCUUUUGGCUGUGCCCCCAGAGUCAUGGAAACUUCGCUGGCUGUUCCAAAAUGCGACAAAACACCCCACGGAGGGUUAGAGGGCACAUACUUCCUUAACUUUUCAUGCACCUUUUCGUAAACAAACCUUACCCUGGAGAAAGCAGCACAGGUGUGCAUUGGGAUCAUUGUGAUACUGAUCAUACACAACUAUUGGUUCCUCUAUGUCCCUUAUAUGACAUGGCUUUACUUUGACUGGCGUACCCCAGAGCAGGGGGGCAGGAGAUCCAACUGGGUCAGAAGCUGGACCGUGUGGAGGUAUUUUAAGGACUAUUUUCCAAUUCAUCUCAUCAAAACUUGGGAUUUGGAUCCAAGUCACAACUACAUAUUUGGGUUUCAUCCCCAUGGAGUGCUCGUUGCUGGAGCCUUUGGAAAUUUUUGUACGAAUUAUUCGGACUUCGAACAGCUGUUUCCUGGAUUCACUGCAUAUCUCCACGUGCUCCCAUUUUGGUUCCGGUGUCCUCUCUUUCGAGAAUAUCUGAUGAGUAGCGGGCCAGUCUCAGUUUCUAAGAAGAGUGUGUCCCAUGUGCUGAGCAAGGAGGGAGGUGGAAACAUUUCAGUCAUAGUUCUCGGGGGCGCAGAAGAAUCGCUGGAUGCCCAUCCUGGAAAAUUCACUCUGUUCAUCCGCCAGCGGAAAGGAUUUGUUAAAAUUGCUUUGACCCAUGGUGCCUCCUUGGUCCCAGUGUUUUCUUUUGGAGAAAAUGAGCUGUUUAAACAAGUUAACAACCCUGAAGGCUCAUGGCUUCGAACCGUGCAAGAGAGGCUACAGAAGAUCAUGGGGUUUGCUUUGCCUCUUUUCCAUGCCAGAGGGAUUUUUCAAUACAAUUUUGGCCUGAUGCCAUACAGGAAACCGAUCCACACUGUUGUUGGCCGUCCAAUCCCCGUUCAUCAGACUCUGCACCCAACCACGGAACAGAUUGAGGAGUUACAUCACACCUAUAUGGAGGAGCUAAAGAAAUUAUUUGAGGCGCACAAGAGGAAGUAUGGUAUUCCAGAGCACGAAACUCUCAUUUUUAAAUAACUGUACGCUUAGAAGGCACACCAGAGGAUGCGAGAGCAUCCCAUUGGAGAAUACAUAUUUUAAAUAAGGAUUUUCUUCUUUGACUGUGGAGUCCAAUGUGCAACUGGAAAAUAUUAUUUAUGGUGACAGAUGUUGGUGAGUGUCCAUGGGCAAUAAAAAUACAGUAGGUGACUACAGGAGAAGGGUGGAGAAGACUAUAACCCUUCUAAUCAUCCUCCUCGUUUAGGAAGGGCCAGUCAUUUUGCAGGUGAAGAAAAGGUUUAGAAUUAUUCAUGUGCUCAAGAAAAAAAAUAUGACAGCUUCAAAAAAUAAUUAGACCCUUUUACUAAACAUCACAAUAAUUUAAGGUAGUGUUUUCACUAAAUAUGACAGCUGUUGUUUACUGCAGCUGGAGCAGUUAGGAGACCAUGUGUGAAAUAAUUUUCCAUACAGAGCUAGAGGAGAUCUUUUUUUUUUUUUUUUCUGCUUGAACAGACCAUUUUUGGGUGAAUAAUGUUACUUUUCAGGCUUAGAUAAUUUGAUCCCUUUAGGUCAUGUCAACCAACACAUUCUUAUACAAUAGUGCAGAAUUUUUAUGCAGUGGGUGAGAGCGUGUCUCUUCAUUUCUAUUCAUGCUUGGAAACAUUCAUGCUUGUUGUUUGCUUCGAAGCAUGUGCAUUUGCUAUGGACAAGGAGGUCUUUUGGGACACAUGCUUUACAGAACGUUGAAAUUCCGAAAGGUUUUCGUGGUUGUAGAAAUGAUUUGAAUUUUCUUCCCAAAUAGCCUCUUUGAGGAAGACCAGCUAUGAAAGAAAGCGCCCUCUCUGGUUGUCGUGUGUCCAGUUACAACCGUCUGGUCUGGAAGAGAGGCAACCCUGUGCCUCCUGUUCACUGAUACCUCUCUAGUGCCUGCGCCGGGCACAAAAUAAGUACUUGUUUAGUGAAUAUAUUUACGGAUGAGCCCACAAAGGUGAAGAAUUUUUAAAGCUGCACCAUAGGAUGAACCUAUUUUAAGAAAAGACCCAGUUUCAGAAGGAGAGAAUGUGCGGGGUCUGAUUGUCUCAUGCCAGUAAUGGACGAGACCGCAGGCUAGUUUAUAAGAUGCAAGUGAAAAGGAGGUUUCUGAUCAUUAGGCACUAAAAGUUAAGAAAAGGAUUCGGUAAAUAAAUGAGAAGAAUGUCUAGUUUCC